CAACAGCAUGGGCUUGUUGUCAGUCAGCCAUCAGUGGUGUGAGUGAAAAGGCCAAGAAGCUCCUCAGUGAAAGGAGUGGUGAACAGGAACUCCUUGUCCUGACUGAUUUAGAGAAUGAUCAGGCUGCCAUAUGUGAUCAUUGCGAGGUCUUCCAAGAGCUACUGGAGGUUCUAGAAGCUGGCAUAAAAAAAGCUAGAUGACAAACAGAAAAUCUACUCGGAAGUGACUCAGAAAGCUGCAGUCUCUGGUGUGGCUGGACUUGCUACUGUGUCUCCAGCUGUUGCUCCAACAGCUCAAGCAGAUGCCCCUUGCGUGAGGAUGAGAGUGAUGAAGAACAGGGAAUAUAAGGCUUGUCAUGAGUCCUGUGCUCACAGAUGGUGCCACCCAGUGAAUUUGAUGAUGAAGUCCUGCAGGGACUCCCGGUUCACUAUACUGAUGACAUCACAAGUGCUUGCCGCACCAACUUCCAUGCGUGAGCUCACCGCUGAAGCAGACAAUGGAUAAAAGGCCCCUCUUCUCUGUUGCCAGGGAGACAGUGCCGAGCUCACAGCAGCUAAUGUUUACAUGUCAAAACCUUAAGGCCUUUAAUGGCGUUGCUUCCCGUCAUCACCUUGCAGCAUUGGGUAGCAUCUUAUACGAAACAGAACAGUUUAGUUUCACCACAAAGGAAGCGGGGAAGUGAGAAUGCUGGUGUGAUGAGUGCACACGGCAGUGAGGUGAAGGUGUAUGUCCGCACCAAACCUACAGCCUGCUUUGCCCAAGAGCUCAUUGAAUACGUGCCGGAUAAACAGACGGUGAAUGUGCGCUACAGGCGGGAUACCAAGAAAGGGGUGGUGAAUAAUCAGAUGAGCUCUUGGUCAUUUCGUCUGAGUGGCGUGCUGCACAACGUGUCUCAGGAAGAGGUCUAUCAAAGUGUUGCCCACAGUGUGGUGCUCAGAGCUUUGGAGGGCUACAACGGUACAAUUAUGUGCUUUGGGCAGACGGGGGCAGGAAAGACAUACACAAUGACUGGUGCCACCGAGAGUUACAGACAAAGAGGCAUCAUCCCUCGUGCCAUACAGGAGGUAUUUCGUGAGGUGGAGCAGCGUGUAGAUCACACCUUUUCUGUGCACCUCUCCUUUCUGGAGAUUUACAACGAGACCUUGGUGGACCUGCUUGCUUCAAUAAAAGGCGUCCGGGCAGCACAGGGUGGGGCUUUGGUUGUCGUGGAGGAGCCAGGGGGUGGGGUUUCAGUGAAGGGACUGUCUCUACAUUUGGUUCACAAUGAAGAGGAGGCUCUCAAUCUGCUUUUUGAGGGCGAGAUGAACAGAAUAAUUGGCGAACAUGCCCUCAAUAAGAACUCCUCCAGGUCACACUGCAUCUUCACCAUCCACAUUGAGUCUCGUUCUCGGACGCUGUCAAAUGCAUCGUAUGUUACAUCCAAACUUAAUCUGGUGGACCUCGCAGGAUCAGAAAGGCUGAGCAAAACUGGGUCUGAGGGUCAGGUGCAGAGAGAAGCCUUGUACAUUAACAGAUCUCUGUCCUUCCUGGAGCAGGCCAUUAUAGCCCUGGCCGACCGGCGUCGUGAGCAUGUACCCUUCAGACAGAGCAAACUGACCCAUGCCCUUAAAGACUCUCUUGGUGGAAACUGCAACACAGUGCUGGUGGCAAACAUUUAUGGUGAGGCAGCACAGAUCGAGGAAACGCUCUCUACACUUCGUUUUGCUGCCAGGAUGAAACGUGUGCACACUGAACCAUCCGUCAAUGAGCACGUCGACCCUGCUCUCCAGAUCCGAAGACUUCAAAAAGAAGUCCAACUUCUGAAGCAGGAGCUUUCCAUUCAUGACACAUUGGCUAAUCGUGUGGGUGCAAUGUAUGAGAAUCUUUCAGAGUCGCAGGUAGAAGAGAUUAACAGCCAAGUUCAGAAAUACCUGGCUGGCACACUGGAUGAGAUCACGAUUGUGAGCAUAAGACAGAUCCAGGAAGUGUUUGCCCAGUUUAAAAAAGCUGUGCAGGAACAGGAAAAGUGGAUUAAGGAACACCUCAGUCAGGGAUACUCUCUGGUGGAAAACACCCAGAGCAACCUGUCCUCUUCUGCUGCGAAAGGUCAGGAGCCUGCAGGAGCUGUAGGGGAGGUGGAGGGUGGUUUUGGGCUUGGAGUGGCUGCACCCUCGCAGAGACACACUAGACCUCCAUCACCCAGCAAAAGCAAAGGCAAGAAGGGCAAAGAGAACAACAGAAAGGAUGGUGCAGGAACCUCAGGUCCAGCAGAGGGUGCUGCUGUAAAGCAGAGAGAGACAGAGGUCUUCACGCCUAUUGCUGAGCCUGAGGGCGCAGAGGCGCCACACAUGUCCAGAGAAGGAGCCAAGAAGAAAAGCGACACUCCUCCAUCUAAGAUUGAGGCAUUUGAGGACUUCAAGAUGGAGCGGGGCAGCGAGAUCAACCGCAUCCUGAAGGAGAACAAAGCUGUGCUGCUGGAGCGCCUGGACCAACUGCACAAACUCACACAAGCCAUUAACUCCAUGAAAUGGGACAUUGACCACAUGAGUUCUGAACUCCAGCUGCAUAAAGAAAAAAGACAGAGUCAAGGGCAGUUUCUUAGUGCGGAGGGUGAGCCCGUGCUGGAGGAGGCUGAAUUAUCUCUGAUCAUGAGCCUCAGAGAGAUAAAGGACAGAUACAGACAGACCUAUGAAGAGCUGCUCAGCACCAAAGCUGAAGUGCGCUACUGUCAGCAUCUGGUGGACCAAUGCCGCACACGCCUGCUUACUGAGUUUGAGAGCUGGUACAAUGAGUCUUUCCUGCUGCCAGACGAGGUACAGGACAUCUUCAGGGAAGGUGGACCCAUAAGACCAGGCUUGGUACCUCUGGACAAAGCUUUGACUUUGGAAACUGAUGAACAGGAGCAGUUUGAGUGUCUUCGUACAGAGCUGCUUGCAGAGAGUCCCAGGGCUGUGUCCUUUUACAAUGCACACAACAGGACUCUACUGAGGAGGGGCAGCAGGCCAGUUCCUCACAGUCCUGAUUCCAGGAGGAACAUGGGAGCUGGAACAAACAAGCUCAAACUGCCUGCUAUCUUCUCCGUCACCUGAGCAUUAGACUCCCUUGCCCAAAUAACUUACCUCCGUGGCUACACAACCACCUGCAAUGAUUAUCAAAUGUGAAAAAAGGUUUUGUAACAUUAAAUUACACGAGGCAUGCUUAUUUCUGAAAUUCACAUUUGAUCUAAUUCAGACAGUAGCAUUUGGAGGGUAUUGGGGGGUGAACAUGGUUCGACACCAAAUCAUUAAAGCAUUGCAUAAUUAUGGAAAUAUUUAAAUAUUUAUUUGCCAUUAUCCCUAAAAACUCUUUGUAUUAAGCAUUUUAUAUAUAUAUUACACACACACACACACACACACACACACACACACACACACACACACACUAGAUUUGCCACUAGUAGCCUCCAAAGUACAAAUUAACAAAGUAUUUUCCACCCCUAGUAACUUCAGGACCUCUUACAUUCUCCACAUUGUUCAAGAUCUAAGUAG